AUGUAUCGCCCGCAGGCCGGACGUCAAUUUGAGUAUCCCCCUCAGCAGGGGUACUCGAACCCCCCGGAACAUAGCAAUGGACCGCAACAGGUCCAGGCGUCCGGGUAUCCGCAGGCAAGGGGGCAGCAAUUCGCCAACAGCGGCAGUCCGUUCAGUCAGGGACAACAGGGACAGCAACAGCAGCAGCCGGGUCCGCAGUAUCAUCCCCCACAGCAGCAACAGCAGCAGCAGCAGCAAGGGCAAGGAGGUCAGCAGCAGGGAGGAGGAGGUCCGAACGGGUCGACAGCGGGGGAUGCGCAGAGCCAGGCGAAUAGCGGGCCGGCGGGACAGGAGAUGAACCUCGCUAGUGUGCUGCAUUACUUGCAGAGCGAGUGGAGGAGGUGGGAGAGGGAUAGGAAUGAGUGGGAGAUUGAACGUGCAGAGAUGAGGGCGAGAAUUGCGCUUCUGGAAGGUCAGAGACGAUCGGCCGAGAAUCUCAAGGUGGACCUAUUGAGGCGGGUCAAGAUGCUCGAAUAUGCGUUGAGGCAGGAGAGGACCAAGACAGUCAGUACAGUCAGUAAGGGGGCUAUAGCUGCACCGUCACGUCUAUCGACAUUGCAAGACGAGGACAAGCGGGAGGAGAAAGAGGGGAGUGGAAGCGAAGGAGGAAGUGACGAAGGAUCGCAAGACAGACCAAAAACCAACGGCGUCCACCCAGCAGCUGUCAACUCCAGCCUCAACAUGAACACCAUGGCGUCCCGCUCGUCCGAUUCGCCCUGGAAAUCAAUAGGCACCGCGUCAAAAGAUCCAAAAGCUCGCGCGAGAAGUAGAGAGUAUCUGAAGCAAUGUCUCCAGGAAAUCACCUACCUCACCUCCCCUGGCGCGCUCAAUCCCCUCCCCGCACGUCCGCCCGUCGUAUUCGAGUUCGACCCCUCGUCUUCUUCGUCCCUACCCCACGAGGCCGAUCAAGCGAGAGCGGCCGACCGGCCAAGAAAGACAUUACCGGAGAAUUCGGGGCCGUCAUUGUUCGCUCGAGAGAAUGAGCAAGGGCAGAAGGCGAAUCUGCCAAAUGGGGAUCAAGCGGAGGCGACUUCAUCUUCAUCUUCGGCCCCACCACCUCCUUCGGCUUCCACCACUGCCCCACCUUCUGAUCCAGCGCCCACCCAGGCGCCAGCACCAUCAUUAUCAAAAGAGGACCGGUCACUCUCCGUCCCUCAGCUCGACGUUGACCCCUCCGCCCCUCCCCCCUCUUCCCCCGCGCGCACUAUCGUCGGAUUACCGAUGGACGACUCCGAACCUCCUAUACCUCCUCCCUCCUCCUCCACGUCCAGUCCAGCAGAAGGAGAGGAAAAACAGAUCCUUACCGCCAUCUAUCGUCCCGAAUCCAAAGCGGCCUGGCGAGAGGAAUUACGAGCGGCCAACGAACAAGCUGAGGAAGCCAAGCGGACGCGCUCUGCUUCUGUAUCUUCGUCGGAAAGCGGGCAGCCGAGCGACGAGGAGCAACUCCAGAGCUUGACGCUGAACGUGGAGGAGGUGGAAGAGCGGGGCGAGGAGGUAGAGAAGACAUGGACGAGUCGCAAGGUGCUCAAGAGCCAUUUGGACGUGGUGCGUGCGGUGGCGUUUGCGCAGGGGCCGGGGGUGAUGCUAGCGAGUGCGGGAGACGAUUGUACGGUUAAAGUAUGGUAUAUGGAGGCUGGGGCUGUCAUGUCGCCAAAACCCAAUUCGGCCGAAAUAGAACCGAUCAUGACGUACCGGACCCACUCUGCCCCCAUCACAUCCCUAACCAUCUCUUCACCCCUCUCCACGAUCUUCUCGGCCUCGCUCGACUCUACCAUCCUCGCUUGGCGCCUCCCCCUACCCUCGUCGGACCCUUAUGCGCCCCAUGACCCGGCGAACCUCCUACAGGUCCUCGAGGGACAUACCGAUGCCGUCUGGGAUCUGUGCCUUGUGCCUUCGCGCUCGUCCUCUCUAUCCUCUGGCGCCGGCAACAGCGCGAGUGUCAACGACACCGUCAAAGGAAAGAAGGCGUCUCCGCAAGUCCAGAAAUCACUGCUCGUUUCGGCCUCAGCGGACGGCACCGUCAAGGUCUGGGAACAUACGCGACAUUGGACACUGAAAAGGAGUGUAUCGUUUGAAGAGGGCAUGAGUCCGACGUGUUUGGCGGCGUAUGCGGUAGAGGCGGGCAAGGUGCUCGUUGGAUUUGUGGAUGGCCGGGUGGGGCUGGUGGAUGUGGAAGAGGGAGGGGAGGUGGUUUAUUAUGGGGAAGCGGCGGAAGGUGGAGCCAGGCAGGUCAAUUCUGUUCUGUGCCACCCGACUUGGCCGGUCGUCAUGGCCGGCUUCGAAGAUGGGUAUAUACGCAUGUACCAUGCGAAUACACCCUCAGCCACACCAGCGCACGAGAUCCUCGCCCACCCCGCCGCCGUAACCUCCAUCGUCAUCUCCCCCUUACACCCUCACUCCCUCCUCUCAUCCGCGUCAGACUGUUCUAUCCGUGUAUGGGACCUCGCAAAACGGACGUCUGUCCAGGAUUGCCCAGGACAUCGACAGCGGGCAGGCGAAGGGGUGGUGGGGCUGGCGAGGCACCCGGAGUUGCCGGUGGUGGCUAGUGCGGGCGCGGACGGGGUUGUCAGGGUGUGGAGUGCGGCGUAG